UAUACAGAUUGUCACUCGUGAGUUACCAGGUUGGCUGCGUGUGUGCGGGCGUCAGAUGCUGGCUGAAACCCUAUAAAACUUGCCGAUGUCGCAAUGUCACGGGACACUCGCGAUAUAAUUAACACAUGCCUUGUGACUUACGCUAUCUGAAGGCGACUCGUGGACAUUUAAACUUGCAGUAUCAUAUUAUUGAAAGAAAAAGAGUUUGAAAAAGAAGUUUCUAUAGUCACUCUAGUUAUGGUCGACCUGUAUUUCUACUCCGUUUACAUAUUGUCUGGGCUGCUUGGAGCUGUGUCGUCACUGACGGCUGUAGCGGAUGACGUAAUCAAUGCCCAUCCACAACAAAAGUUAGUGCAGCAGCUCGACAUGGUAAAUCAACAGCUCCAGUCGUUGUCCCACUCCGUGAGGAGAGCCCAGAACCACAUCACCACCAGACAACUUGAAGAAUGCAGUAUGAUGGGGCCUAUGUCAGACUCGAUUUGCGACCUGUUUCUGCUGGAUAAGAGCCUUGCGGGCGAAGAGGCCGUGCAGACCGUCGUUCACCGCCCGUUGGCUCCGGGCAAACGCGCAGACACCAUCUUUCAGGACCAGCACCAGAGAAAUGCAUAUUUAGAAGACCUUUUACAAAAGCAGAAGUUGUUAGAUAAUAUACUAGAAAUGGUUGAAAAAUCAAAGGAAGGCGUGCAGAUGGGCAGGAAGCGAAGCUGCAACGUGAACUUAGGCUUCCAUUGCCAAACAGAACAGUACUCGGCCAUAGCCGACAUGUACAACUGGCUGCAGAGCUCCCUGAGCCCGGGGAAGAGGAGGAAGCGCCGCGCCGCUGCAUACAAAAAUCUUCCUCAUAAACUUUAACUGUGUGCUUAUGUCUGUUUUUAUAUGCAGAAGAAACUGUUAUUGGAAACAAAUACUUUAAUAUAGUUAAGCUUCAUAAUUAUACGACGUAAUGGAGUAAGGAUUAUAUGAAUAAAUAUGCCAGAUUUCACUGGGUUCGCAAGAUAAUGAAGAUGCUAUCUAUCGCACCAGUAUGUUGUGCGAAUGUAACUGCUAGAUGGUCUUAAAAUGUAUCUUCUUUAAGAAUAAACCGAAAUUGCAAUUCCCUACUUCACAGGAGAAAACAACUAGUGUGACAAUUUUGUUUAAAGGUUCUCGUAAAGAAUUACUACCAUCACCUCCAUAUAAACAACUGCCUGAACAAUAAUAAAAAAAUGAA